GUGGCCAAGGCAAAAGCGGACUACGGGAGCGAGAGCCUGCGCCAGCCAGGGCUGGAAGGGGAGCGGGCCAAGCACCGCAAGUCCUUGUCCAACCCCGACAUCGCCACCGAGACCCUGACUCUCCUCAGCUUCCUCAAAUCAGACCUCUCAGAGCUGAAGGUGAAGAAGAAAGGGGUGAGGAUCGGCCUUGACGUGGGCUCCGACGGAUGCUCCAGUGUUACCGGCCCCUCCCCAGGCAGCUGCGGUGCCACUCAUCCCCAAAACCGCUGGGCGCCGGGCGAGCGGCCAACGCUCAAGGACCUUACGGCCACUUUACGUCGCGCUAAGUCCUUCACCUGCUCCGAAAAAUCCGGGACUCGGCGGCUUUUCCUACAGAGCACCAUGAAGCAGAGCUCCUCCGAGCUCCUUCUGGCCUCUACGGACAGCCAGGGCCGGGUGGCUCCGGAUGGGGGGCAGCAGGCGGACGAGGAUCCUCUCCCCGUGGUCAUCCAGGACCAGUACAUCCAGGAGGCGAGGCAGGUGUUUGAGAAGAUCAGCAGGAUGGGUUCCCAGCACGACUACGGCUUUGCCGCCGAGCAGAAGGACAGCGGAGGUGUGGAGGGCGCUGAGGCGGUGGCACCGACGGGGACGACGGGCGCAACCCUUCGGGGACAGGUGCAGAGCACGUGGUGUUUGAAGGACGUGGAGUUGGAGGAGAACCUCGCUCACAGUAAAUCCGUGGAGGAGCUGUCGGGUCACGAGUCGAGCGUGACGGACGAGGGCAUCGUCACGGAGCCAGAGCCCGUGGGGAUGCCCUUCCAAGACCUGCACAAAGCUGUGGACUCCUGGAUGCUGCCCAGCGCCGGGCCGGCAGCCGGUGACUCCGCAAUGCCGCUGCCCGCUCACCCGACGGCAGCGGUGGUUGAAGACCUUCCAGCUGGCAAACCCGAGACGCCGAGCACCCCUGGCAGCCUGCGGCGCCGACGUAAGUUCCCGUCGGCGGGCGCCAAUGGGAUGGAGGGUGGCAGCGAGGGUGGCACCGAGCCCUACCGCUCCCUCAGCGACCCCAUGCCUCACCGGAGAUGCUCGGUGGCGGACGAGGCGAAGAAUUUCUCCGUCGACAGCAACCUGCUGGGCUCGCUGAGCGCCAAGGCGGGCAUCCCCCAGCCCGCCGCCAUCGCGGGCAGCGCGGGCA